AUGAGUGUUUUUUUCGAAACCAAUAAAGGCAAUUUGGUCGUGGACCUUGAAUAUUCCAACCCAUGCUUUGAAAAAGAUUCGUUUUUGUUUGUGGCGUUGGCCCAUUUGAACGAAUGGCUCUUAUCUGAGUUUGAAGGUUUCGACAAGAACGUGCUGCUUACGGGUCCUGAAGUGGGCGUGCCUGUGGCUGUUCAGAGGCUUUUGGAGAGGAAGGAGUUGAAGAAUGGGAGUGGUGAUGUUGAGGAGACGGCGCCGCCGGGAUCCGUGGAGGUGUUGAACUCCGAUGGACGGUUCCAGUUUCAGGUAAACUUGGCACCGAAAACGUCGAAACGGGUUGUGGGAAGGGUUGCUGAGGGGUUGGAUGUGCUUGAUGAUGUUAAUAAAGGCGACGGGAAGCUUAGGAUUUUGCAUAGCCACGUGGUGUUUGAUCCGUUUCUGAUGAACGUGGAUUCUUUGGGUCUGCGCAAGUCAGAGAAGGAUUUGGCGCCAGAAACGAUCAAGAAGGUUCUAAAAGCUGGUUCUUCGGGCGACGACGAUGAAGCGUCCGUGGAAGCGUUGGCUUUGGAGCUUUUGGGCGAUCUUUCCCACUAUAAAGUGAAACCGUCGCCAGAAACGCUUUUCGUCGCCAGAUUGAACCCCAUCACCACAGAAAACUCGCUCGAGGUGAUCUUCUCGAGGUUCGGCACCGUCAGAAAGGCACAGAUUCUUUCCGGCAAGAAAAUCAAGUACGCUUUCGUCGAGUUCACUACGAAAGAAGCCGCCGAAGAAGCGUACACUCAGCUCCACGACAACUGCUCCAUCGACGGGCACCAGGUGCUCGUGGACUUCUCCCAGUCUACAAAAAACAAAUUACGAUAA